AUGUUUGGCGAGGUCGUUCGGGGUAUCAAACUUCUCCUUGACCCGACCCAGGAAAUCGAUUACACGCCUGCGAUGCAGUCAAAGGAGAUAUUAGCAAAGUAUGACAAAGAGCCAGUUGACGUCGCUCGGGAUUACCUUCAGCUUCUGGUCAAUGCGGCAAAGGAAACUCUCCGCCGUCGGUUCGGGAAUGCCUUGGAUAGCAUGGAGAUUCGAUAUGUACUAACGGUGCCUGCUGUUUGGACUGACAAAGCCAAGAACAUGACCUUAACUGCAGCGACUGAUGCAGGUAUUUCUGCGCUCGAUGUGACCCUGGUGUCGGAACCUGAAGCAGCGGCUCUCUCUUGCCUCAACACCAUUCAACCCAAUACUAUCGAGAACGGCGACGUGGUCAUAAUAUGCGACGCGGGUGGUGGUACAGUGGAUCUGAUCUCCUACCGCGUGAAGAGUGUCAAUCCCCUUGAACUAAUGGAGGUCACUGAAGGAACUGGGGCCAUUUGCGGAUCUGUACUUCUUGAUAAGCGGUUUGAAAGCUAUCUGAUCGGACUUUUUGGAGAGAGAACAUACCAAAGCUUACCUCACAAAACUCGCGAGACAGCGUUGAAUCACUGGCAGGACUUCGUGAAGCCAAAUUUUGCCGGUGCCUCCAUUGAAGAUGAUGACGAAUAUUCCGAAGUGGACUACUCUGUGCCUUUAAACGGUGUUGGCGACAAGCCGGAGAUAGGACUGGAGGGCGGAUUCUUGAAUAUGACAAAAGAGAACGUUGGAGGCAUAUUUCUUCCUGUUGUUGAUGAAGUUGAAAGACUGGUGCAGGACCAGAUGGUACAAAUAUCCAUGGCUGGAAUGCGGGCCAAGGCUAUCUUCUUGGUUGGUGGCUUUGGUUCUUCCGAAUAUCUCUUCCGACGCUUGCAAUCGGCCGUGGUGGAUGUAACCGUGCUACAGCCGCCUAACGCGCAAGUCUUCCUGGAUAGCAAUCAAAGCCCACACACUGACACCAUUGCAGAUGGUCUGCCGUUGUUCGGUUUCAGUGGAGCGGUUCUGCGAGGGCUGGGAGGAAACCAGGUAGGACAGAGAAUUGCUCGAUGUCACUACGGCAUCAAAUUUGAUAUCGAGUACAAUCCGCGGCGUCAUAAUGCGGCGGACAAAUACUGGAACGCCUUGACUGAGAAGUGGUACGUGGGUAACCGCAUGAAGUGGUAUAUUGAAAAGGGAAAGCCUAUCUCAGAGGACAAGCCGAUCAGAAUGAACUGGGCCCGUAACAUGGCAAAGGUGUCUUGCGUGGAGACACUAAGACGAGUCAGCACUUCGCUGUACAUUUGCAACCUCGACGACGCACCAGAUCAUCUCACUGAAGAUGUCUUUAAGGUCUGCACUUUAGAGGCAAACCUCAGCGCAAUUCCACGCAACUUCUUCAGCAGUGGGACGAAUUCCGUGGGACAGAGUUACUACACGAUCCCUUAUCAGAUUGCCAUGACACCUACUUCUGCGUCAAUUUUAUUUAACCUUGAGUUCAACGGGGUGUCUUAUGGAUCAGUGCAGGCCAAGUAUUAA